UCCUUUCAGCCCUGAUCUCACUUCAUCCCCUCCAAUCCUCAUCUGCCCAUCACAAAAGCAUCACAGAGAGAGAGAGAGACGGGGAUCAGGAGGUGCGUACGGCAGAAAAUCUGAAUGAACAUUGUCCUGAGAAAACAGCAAGUGUGGAUACAGUCUCAAAGGGAUAAGAAAUACAAACAGAGUGAAGGAACAUCCAAGAGUAACAAGAGAGUUUUUUUCCCAGCAUUCUCUCUGCUUUACUGACCUCACUUCCUGUCUCUGGGUGACUGUGCCUGACAACCGUUGCCAUGGGUGAAAUGGAGCAACUGCGAAAGGAGGCGGAGAAGCUGAAGGAUGACAUCACUGCAGCUCGUAAAACAGUGCAGGACCUCACACUGCAGGAUCAUGUGGCCGGGACGGCUGUGGUGGGACGUGUGCAGCUAAAGACCAGAAAGACAUUGAGAGGACAUCUGGCUAAAAUCUAUGCCAUGCACUGGGGGACAGACUCAAAACUUUGCGUCAGUGCUUCACAGGACGGUAAACUGAUUGUAUGGGACAGCUACACCACCAAUAAGGUGCAUGCAAUCCCGCUGAAGUCCUCAUGGGUGAUGACAUGUUCAUACGCACCUUCGGGAAACAUGGUGGCCUGUGGAGGACUUGACAACAUGUGCUCCAUCUACAACCUGAAGGCCAAAGAUGGAAACGUGAAGGUCAUGCGUGAGCUCGCAGCACAUACAGGUUACCUGUCCUGCUGCCGUUUUCUGAGUGACAGUGAGAUCAUCACCAGCUCUGGAGACUGUACCUGUGUUCUGUGGGACAUCGAGACAGGAUCACAGAAGACGGUGUUCGCCGGUCAUCUGGGAGACUGUAUGUCCCUCGGUGUGUCUCCAGACUUUAACACCUUCAUCUCAGGGGCUUGUGAUUUCACUGCCAAACUGUGGGACAUCCGUGAAGGCCAGUGCAGACAGACCUUCGGUGGACACGAGAGUGACAUCAACGCCAUUGGGUUUUUCCCCAACGGCAAUGCAGUGAUCACAGGUUCAGAUGACGCUUCCUGCAAACUGUACGACCUGCGCUCAGACCAGGAGCUCAUCACAUACCAAGACUCCAGCAUCAUGUGCGGCGUGACGUCCAUCGCUCCUUCCCUCUCUGGAAGACUCAUCCUCGCUGGAUAUGAUGACUUCAACUGCAACAUCUGGGAUUCACUUAAGUCAGAAAGAGUCGGAGUGCUGUCUGGCCAUGACAACAGAGUGAGCUGCAUCGGUGUGACCCCUGACGGGAUGGCCUGCUGCACAGGAUCAUGGGACAGCUUCCUGAAAAUCUGGAACUAACGCUCUGUCUCGAAGAGAGGCAACAAUCACAAUAUGUCAAAGACAGGGUAAAAAUGUAAAGGGGAACACUGAAACAGGACUAUGAGAAAUAGUGGUAAAAGCAGGGAGGGAAAGCGAUAUGGUUGCUGUGGCGUCACAACGAGAACGAUUAUGAAUAAGAAAACCUCAUUUAGAGACGGGCUGAUCUGUAGAAUAAUCUUGUCAAAGAAAUCACGCAAUAACAGAAAUCUUGUCUUUCAGGGAUUGCUAACUGCAAAAGUGGGCAUUUAUUACGCCAUUACCUAUUUUUGGUGAUUUUGUGAGGUAAUUUUUGUUUUCAUUCA